CGCAGCUAAAAGUCGCUUAACGAUUGAAAUGCUUUUAUUUCUUAACAAAAAAAUAGGCCGUGUCUCUUGAAAUAUUCACACAGACAUUCAUGUUCGACUGUGCUGUAUUAACACAAGCUGGACAAUAGCAAAACAGACGGCAGAUAUUCGGCCUGAAACGCUGAUGUCAUCAAAGCAAUGAAUUAGGAAAUUCUUGCUACAAAUCGUAUUCAACGACCAUGUCAACAACACCAAAUGUGUUCAGAGCGUGUAAAAAGGGUUACGACUGGAAUUACUUGAGUGCCGCGCUGUUAGCGACAGACUAAACUGAAACAACAGUUUUCUUGCUUUAUUUUGUAUUUUAAACCGAAAGGAGAAAUGAACGAUUGGGCGACUCUACUCAUAAAUUUCUCUCGCUUCUUGAUCGGGAGAGCUGAAUUAGUAAAUUCUUGGUUUGACGGAACGGUUAUUUUUGGUCGAGUAGAACACACCAGUAUCAAAUUAUUCUUAGCAACAUCAAACAUGGCCACGGGACUUCCAGUGGACGAAAGGCUUCUUUCCAUGCACUGACAGAGAUGGGACCUUUCAGUAGAUGAGAGUCUUUUGGUGCGUAACUUUUACAAAUUAAUCUCAGUAGCGACAGAGAUGGCCAAGACCUUUUGGUAGAUUAGAAGCUUUUCAAACGUUAAACGUACAAGUUAAACUUGACAACAAGACAGACGGCCAGGAGCUCAGAGUGGAUGAGCGGUUUAUGGUGCGUAAUGACCUUAACUCUGGCUGCCGACUCUGGAAGAAGAACCUUAACAAUUUGAGAGGGAACGUAAAACUUAAAAUGAUAUGAAAAGGCAACUUUUCAACUGAAACUGAAAUAGAUGACUUCUCCCCGUAAACGCAAUACAGCUUUGUUGAAAGAACAACGUCCACGUUUCUUUAUGCGCGAGAGUUUACGCGUGGUGGCUAGAUGCCAAGUAAAACAGGUGUUAAUUCUAAAUGCAUGCUGAUGGCUGAUGUUUCACUGACAUGCGCUACAAAGAAGUCGCUUCGUAAGCAGCAGAAGUCAAAGAGGUAAGAGAAUAUCUCUUUACUCACUUUCCUACAUGUGCUAUCCGUAUUGUUUUGUUUUUAGUUAGAACGCUUUCUCAGUAUGUAAAAAACUAAAAGUACACACGCUUUUCAGAGAGAACUCAUUGCUCCAAGCAUUCAACUCGAAAAAGACAAAGUUUCACUCGCUCGUCAGUCUCUCUAGAAACGUUUCUUCGUGUACUUCGUAAAAUGAGAGAUUUUCUUGGUCGGCAGGCAGCCUGUUGAUAUUCAGCUCUUCGUAAAUUCGCUCAUAUAGAGCCAAUAUUCCCUCUACUGCCAGGCAAAUUUAAUCAUCUUGUUGAACGGGGAUUCAAUUUGUCCACAAAAUAACGAGGGCGUUUCAAUGUGUGAUCGUUUCUGUUAAAAACUCGCGUUGAGAUCGACUAACACGAUUUAAGAACCUGAGCGAGGACGUCACAUUGGCUUAAUGCUCUCUUUCUAGUAGGUCAGUCUAAUAAAGGUCUGCCACAGAGUGAAAGUGAGGAACUCUUUACUCGAGAACUACAGUCAAAAUCCGCUCUCGGUAGCAAAAAAACAUUCAGCAUGGCGUCUAAAGAAGUUUGACAUAUAGGCCUCUUAGACUAGAAUUUUAAGUGAGCUCUCGUGCGUGUUUAACCUCGUAAUGCAGUACAGCAAAAGAACUUUGCUUUGGAAAACGAAGUACGUUUUGAAAACUUGAGUUAAAUUAACCACGUUAUUUUCUCCUCAAGAUUUUGCUCGACUAACAACUAACAACGGACGUGGAAAUAACACAAAGUAACACGAGUCCAGCUAGGAUCAUUUUUUGAUAUUCGCCUUAGGUAAGUAGAAACACCCAGUAUUUCGCCACCGCUGAGUAAACUGUGAAUGGCGCAUUUCUAAAUCAGGAAAGGAAUCCAAUACAGCCUUGAAUUCUGGAUUCCACGCCGUCGAUUUCGGAUUCCAGGUACAGUGGAACCCCGUUAAUACGGUCACCAAUGGAUCAAAAAAUUCGGCCGUAUUAACGAAGGGUCUUUUUUACAAGAAAAUGUAUGGCGGUUUUUGCCAGGCGGCCAAAACAAGUGGCCGUAAUAACGAGGUGGCCGUAAGGCGGGGGUUCACUGUACUAGCCUGCUUUCGAAAGGAAAGGGGAAGAGAAUUUGCGCCCGUAAUCACGUUCCCUUUCAUUUUCUUUCAAACGCCUGCCACGCAGCAAGGCUAUCCAGGCACUGGGUUCCAGUCUUUGUCAGUGGAACUGUGAUUCUGUAUUUCAAUCGUUAGCAGGAGUCCGGAUUCCUUGAGCUAAAUUCCGGAUUCCAAAGCCCAGGAUUGCGGAUUCCACAAAAAUUUCCCCCGAUUCUAGAAUCAGGGGCGAUUCAAAUGUCAUCACGAUUUAAAUAAAUCCUCGUGCACAUCUUGUAUCCAUACAUCUAGUUUGCAAAGGAGUAAACUGUAAGCCCAGUUACCUCAUCUCGUCUUUUCUAAGAAGUCUCUUUAAAACUUUGGCUAAAACCGUUAAUUUAACAAGAUGACAUAUUCGUCCAAAUCAUUCAACACUAAGUUAGUGAUUUAAGGAAACCAUCUGUCCCAUCGACCUCAGUCAGAUGAGUUAGUCGAGAGUCUUCGCAAAACAUCAUUUAUUCGAUUUAGCAUACAUUCAGGAAAAUUUCGAAAGUUGUUGUUGAUCACAAACAUUACGUUCAAAUGACCUUUGUUUAAAAUAUUGUGUAAAGCAAAAUAAUUUUUUGGUCAAUCAACAGCUGUAGCUAGCCAAACCAUGAAAUCCACUCGAUUGCACGUUUAAGUUUGAUAAAACAUGCACUUUUGCUUGAACUCAUGAAAAACUUGAAACUGGAAUAGGUAGCCAGUAUAGCCUGAUCAGAAUAGAUCUGCCCUGUGUGAUAGUCCAUGACGAAGUUAACUACUAGGUCGUGAAAAGCACAGAGUGGGAUGGUAAGACAGCACAUGCUAUAAUAGCAAUUGCCUUGAAAAAUAUUAAAGCACCAUAGUGCUCCCUCUUUUCAAUGUCGAUUAUUUGGGAUAAGUCGUACUUUUGACAAGUUGCUUUGAACGAACGGAUUCACUGUCCCUUUUUCUUUCUUCGGCUUAUUAGAAACAAGACAGGAUAUUCGAAAAUGUUUUCUGACAUUGAUUCGAACCUGACCUUCAAUGGCCAUAUCGCUUCACUAACCUCCUCACUUUUGUCAACAUUAGUUCAAAUAAAUAGGGUAUGACACUUUUUCUUUUUGUACUGUACAUGAUCCUAAAUUCCCGGCUAGUAUUUAGCAAACUGUUCUAUUGCUUCACCGUAUGGUCUGGAACUUCUAAAGAACAUAUCCAUAAACUACAACUUAUGCUAAACUUUGCCGGCCGUAUACUUACUAACACAAAAAGUUUGAUCACAUUACACCAGUCUUACAUAAACUUGUUUUGCUCACCAUCGACGAGCUACUACGCUAACGUGAUGUAUAACCAUAUGAUCUUUAAAAUGUCUCAACGGUGUAGUGUCGAGCUAUUUAAGUACUAAGAUUGUAAAACGUUCAGAAACUCAUUCAAAUUGCAUUAGACAGAGCAAUCAAUUUAACCUCCCUCAGUGCCGAACCUCCGCCGCACAGCGUGCCUUCCGCUUCAGGGCUUCUAAAUAUUGGAAUAGUCUUUCCUUUUAAAAGGAGUGCCAGGCUUGAGACAGUCAGAAUGGGGAAAUAGAAAAUUUACCCGUACUUUGUUGAUCUUUUUUAAAUGUUUAAUAGCUUUUUAAUUUUUAUAAUCGUAGUUCUAGCAUUCAAAUUCAAUUGUAGCUUAAGUUUGUCUUUUAUACAUGUCAUUUUUAAUAGGCAACAACGGCCACGGAUAAAAAAGCGUGAUGCACGUACAAAUUUUUAGAAGUUGUUGUUUUGCUAAUUUAAACCUACUGUUAUUUACCGUCUCCUUUGUCGCCAUUGUAUUUGCUUAAGCUGCCUACUGUUUGAAGGGCCUCUAACCACUGCUGUUGCAAGAGGUGUCCAACUUUUAGAAAUACUCUCACUUACAGAAAGACGUUCUAUACUGUUCUCAGGGACAUACUUGAGUGGCCGAAAAACUCCCGUAGGACCUGUAGCAGGUAUUGAUAUAAAGGCUUUUUGCUUAUCUUCCGACAACGUUUUUGAAAUAGAUAUAUGUAAAGUUCCAGAAUCCUAAUAUCCACAACGGCCAGCCCACUUCUGCUUCUAUACGACACUCAAACUGCCAGUCAGCUCUGACGGCAACCAAUAAGAAGCGCCUAUCGUAACAGCCCCGCCAUAUGGAAAACGAGACGCACACCACUGAAACUCCUGCAUUUGGAGAAGAAACCGCACACGGUCCGUUGUGAAAAACGUUCCUCUUAAAUUUUCCUUUUACAAAUAUCAUAAGUUUCAGGGCAUCCUUUAAAACGGUUAUGAAAAAAAGGUCUAAGAAAACAUCUUGUGAAAUUUCAGUGUCAACCAGAGCCACCUGAUUCCCGUAGGCAAGCAAGCAGACUAGUAAAAGGGAAAAUAGCAAGGAAUUUGAUAAAGUUUGAAAAACAACGGUCAGACUAUUCAAGAGGGAGAACGGCUCAUCACUUUAUUUCGAAGGUAAACAUUAUAGUUUUGUUGUUUACAUUUUAUAUUUUGCCUUUAUUGUUAAAAUACCCAUGCAUGGCAAGGGUCAGCGGCGUUUACAGUUCAUUAAUAUUCAAAAACAGAGCCACGUCAAACCAUCAAAAAUCCACAAGAAACUUUUCGUUCAAACAUUCCUUUAAGUGAACCAAAAAAAGUGGAAUAUAUCUUUUUGGUCGAAACCUUUCUUUUUUUUUUUCCUUUCACGUUAACAUUCGCAAUAACUGCGUCGCGUGUCCAACACCAUAUUAAAGAACAAAGUCAGGGGACCGUGAAGAGUAAGGAAACAAGGCGUCUGCUCCUCAAAAGCACAAAAAGGACGCGGGAGUUUUACCGUAGAAACAUUGUCAAAUGAUUCAGUUCCAUGCCUCACAACAGUAGUAUUAUUAAUAGUUCAUUUGAAUUCCCUGCUAUUAUUAGAAAUCAUAGUUAGUGUGAUCCUAUUUUUAAGCAGUUUCCAAAAAAAACAUUUUUUCCUAUACUCUGUACCUUUAAUUACUAGUCAAAUUGGUUCUGAAAAGUUGAAGCAUGAAAAAUUUAGUCUGCGCCCUUAAUUCACUGCAAGACAUAAGUCAGUUACAGUGAGAGAAAAUCACGCGCAUCGACUUAAUCGACAACAGGAAAUAAUCAAAUUACGCUGUCGGUUAGAAACCGGAAUUGCACCAAAAUUUUUACGUUCAGUACACUGACAAAAAAUACAGUGAGCUUUCCUUACGAAUCCAGUGGCUGAAAGUAUAUCUUUUUCUAGUCCCUACGGUCUUGACAAUGCUUUAAAACAAGAGCCGUCGAAUACUUUGCUAGUUGGAAACUGACACACACUAGAUGUCUUGUUCUUGCUGUUAUUCGUUCCGCCAUCAAUACACUCUCUUCAAAAACAUGUUAAUUCAGAUUGAAUGACUUAAAGAUCAUAAUUCUCGAAAAGGGUGACAACAUCAAAACUCAAGAGGCAACCGCAUUAUAAACUACAAGGUAAAUUUACAAUUUCAAGAGCGAAAUUGUCUGUAACUUUUAGCGUCAACUCAUUCAUUAUAAAGGGUAUAUGUCAGUGAAAAAAAAAAACGGAUCGCUGUUCUCCUUUUCUCCUGAUUCAUCUUGCACUAAAUGGCGGCAAGUCACCCUUAUUGCUCUGGCUCUUAGAUUUCCGGGUCUUAGUAUUCCGGGUCCUAUUUAAAAAUUGUAACCCAUUUUGAUCUUCUUUAUUUCAUCCGUGCUCUUCUUUUCUAUUUCCAUAUAAUUUAAAGUAUUCCUUCGCUCUUUUAGGGAUCACUUGUCAUAUUUUGCUGAGUUUGAUGGCCAGUUCGUCAGGGUGUUAGUUUUCCGGGUCUUGGUUUUCCGGAUCUUAGUUUUCCGGACACUCCAGCUUAGAAGCUUAACGUUUACCACCCCACGCUCUAAAAAUAACAGUCACUCGCCAUUAUACAUAUAUUUGUUUUCGCGACAAAUUUAUAAACAAAUAUGAAAUGUCAAAGAGAGGAAACACUACAAAUAGAUAACAAAACAAAAGACAACGAUACAGAACAAAUAAUACACUGUAAUGAGUACAACAAGAAAACAUGAUUGCAGAGCCAACGGAGUUCCACUGACCGGAAAUUGAAUCGUAUACAAUAAGCAUUCAAGAUAUCGACUGAUGAUCCAAACAGCUACGGGUAGAAGCUUCUGGAAGUAAAAAGGCCUAAGCUUGAAUUCGACUGAACCUUAGUUACCAUGAUGCACGCGGAAAAGUUAUUGAACCAAAGACGAUUUAAUGCGCUGUUGUAUUGGAAUUUAUCAAAAAUUCAUCCACUCUUCAGUGGUGAAUGAGGACUCUGCUGAAAUUGGUGAAAGGACUAUUCCGUUCUUCCAAGAAAUCAUAGGAGCCAUUCACCUCAUGCUACGCUCUCUUUCUCAAGUUCAGAGCAUCUUUUCAGUUUCAGGUAUCUUUAACAGACUUAGCAUACAUAUUAGAAUACAGAAAAUAAGAUAGAUUAAUUUCAAAACAAACUUUAACGCAAUCGGCUUUGACGCGAGAAGAAUUUUUCUCUAUCCAUUCAUUGCUUGUAAAUUUCUCAUAAUUAAGAAUUGUUUUCCGUUAUACUACUUCGACAGAUGUCAAGGUGCAUCCACAUAAACUUGAGUGAGAACUAGAUUUUAAAAGUGGUUAUUGAAUAAGCGGUUAUACGUUAUGAAUACAGUAACACACAGAUAAAGAUAACAUACUCUAGGUAAACCAAUAUUUCCGCGUCUAAGACUUUAUAAAGCCGUUUUAACUGUGCUACAUUAUCUUUAUUUGACUGGCGAUGCCUACUGCGGGUGUCAUGAGGUGCAGUCCAUAAAAUUUGCAAAGUGGUUACAAAAGAUUUAUGUUGUGUAGUUUUAUUUUAACUUUUUUUUUCAUAUGAACGAAAAGGAAUACAUUUAUAUUUAAAACGACGGUAUUAAUGUGAAAAGUGGUGAAAAGCUUUGUCCAAGUAUUGAGAAAUUCGUAAAUUGCAGCUGUGAUAUUGACCAAGAGACUACAGCAAGUAACCAUAUCGACCCUCAUUUUCAUAUACUCUGAUUUAAUACAGAAAAACCCUAAAAUCAUACCGGAAAAAGGUUCCCUUCAACGUUCUCUUUCAACAAUCCGAGUGGAUUAAACUGGGUAAGCUACUCAGUGCAUUGAUUUUUAUGUAUAUUUGGAACAAAUUUCUUAAUCCUUUCCUACAGCCAUUACUGCUUGAAGUUUUGCAUUUUAAUUUGGUUAGGCAAGUCUAUGAAUAAAAUUAAGACAACGUAGGCAGUCAUUUCACAUGCUACAUUUGUACUUUCCGUAUUUUGCGAUGUGAAAUUUAUGAUGACUAAGAAAGAUUCAAUUUGUGGAGUGUAAGUGUUAAAUAUAACUUCAAAUGGAAUGUGAGUAUGCUGAUUUUGAACCCCAAUACACAAAAUAUUAAAAGACAAUAUCAAAACAAAAAUUAUCAUCUAUUUUGAUCUUCUUCAUUUCAUCCGUGCUCUUCUUUUCUAUUUCCUUGUAAUUAAAGUAUUCCUUCGCUGUUUUAAGGGUCACUUUUCAUACUUUGCUGAGUUUCUUUGAUGGCCAAUUCGUCAGGGUCUUAGUUUUCCGGGUCUUAUAGUGUUCCGGGUCCGUUCCGGGUCGUAGGUCUUAGUUUUCCGGACACCUCAGCGUAGAAGCUUUAACGUUUACCACCCUACGUUCUUAAAAGGACAGUCACUCGCCAUUAUACAUACAUUUUUUGGCGAGAAAUUUAUAAACAAACAUGAAUUGUCAAAGAAAGGAAACACUACAAAUAGAUGGCAAAACAAAAGAAACCAAUACAGAGCAAAUAAUACACUGAAGUAAAUACAACAAGAAACAUGAUUGCAGAGCCACCGGAGUUCCACUGACCGAAACUUCAAUAAGCAUUCAAGAAAUCGACUGAUGACCCAAACAGCUAGAUAGAAACUUCUGCACGCAAAAAGGCCUACGCUUGAAUUCGACUGAACAUUAGUUACCAUGACGCACGCGGAAAAGUUAUUGAACCAAAGACAAUUUAAUGAACUGUUGUAUUGGAAGUUAUCAAAAAUUAAUUCAUUCUUCAGUGGCGAAUGCGGACUAUGCUGAAAUUGGUGAAAGGGCUAUUCCGUUCUUCCAAGAAAUCAUAGGAGCCAUUCACCUCAUGGUACGCUCUCUUUCUCAAGUUCAGAGCAUCUUUUCAGUUUCAGGUAUCUUUAACAGACUUAGUAUACAUAUUAGAAUACAAAAACUAAGAUAAAUUAAUUUCAAAACAAACUUUGAUGCAAUGAGCUUUGACGCGAGAAGAAUUUUUCUCUAUCCAUUCAUUGCUUGUAAAUUUCUCAUAGUUAUUAAUUAUACUACUCCGUUAUACUACUUCGACAGAUAUCAAGAUGCAUCCACAUAAACUUGAGUGAGAACCAGAUUUUAAAAAAGGGUUAUUGAAGAGGCGGUUAUACAUUAUGUAUACAGUGACACACAGAUAAAAUAACAAACUCUGGUUUAACCAAUAUUUCCGCGUAUAAGUCUUUAUACAGCCGUUUUAGCUGUGCUACAUUAUCUUUAUUUGACUGGCGAUGCCUACUGCGGGUGUCAUGAGGUGAAGUCCAUACAAUUUGCAAAGUGGUUACAAAAGAAUUAUGUUGUAAUUCAAAUUCGCGCAGUUUUAUUUUAAUUUUGAUUUCAUAUUAACGAAAAGGAAUAUAAUUAUAUUCAAAACGACGGUAUUAAAGUGAAAGGAGUUGAAAAGCUUGUCCAAGUAUUGAGAAAUUCGUAAAUUGCAGUUGUGAUAUUGACAAGAGACUAGUUCAAUUAACACAUGUCGACCCUCAUUUUCAUAUGCUCUGAUUUAAUACAGAAAAACCCUAAUAGAAAAGAUUUAUGUUGCAAUUCAAAUUUCCGUAGUUUCGUUUAAAUUUUAUCUUUCAUAUUGACGAAAAGAAAUAUAUUUUUAUUUAAAACGACGGUAUUAGAGUGAAAAGAGGUGAAAAGCUUUGUCCAAGUAUUGAGAAAUUCGUAAAUUGGAGUUGAAAUAUUGACAAGAGACUAGUUCAAGUAACACAUAUCGACCCUCAUUUUCAUAUACUCUGAUUUAAUACAGAAGAACCCUAAUAUCAUACCGGAAAAGGUUCCCUUCAACGCUCUCUUUCAACAAUCCGAGCAGAUUAAACUGGGUAAGCUACAUAGUGCAUUGAUUUUUAUGUAUAUUUGGAACAAAUUUCUUAAUCCUUUUUUUUCUUAAUCAAUUAAGUUUUGCAUUUUAAUUUGGUUAGGCAAGUCUGUGAAUAAAAUUAAGAACACUUCGGCAGUCAUUUGACAUGCUACAUUUGUACUUUCCGUAUUUUGCGAUGUGAAAUUUAUGAUGACCAAGAAAGAUUCAAUUUGUGGAGUGUAAGUGUUAAAUAUAACUUCACGUGGAAUGUGAGUAUGCUGAUUUUGAACCCCAAUACACAAAAUAUCAAAACACAAUAUCCAAACAAAAAUUGUAAUCUCUCUUUAGAUCUUCUUCAUUUUAUCCGUGCUUUUCUUUUCUAUUUACUUUUAAGGGUCACUUUUCAUAUUUUGCUGAGUUUCUUUGAUGGCCAGUUCGUCAGGGUUUUUGUUUUCCACGUCGUAGGUCUUAGUUCAGUUUCCGGACACCUCAUCGUAGAAGCUUUAACGUUUACCACCCUACGCUCUUAAAAUGACAGUCACUCGCCAUGGUACAUACAUUUUUUUGGCGAGAAAUUUAUAAACAAACACGAAAUGUCAAAGAGAGGAAACACUACAAAUAGAUAACAAAACAAAAGACAACAAUAUAGAGCAAAUAAUACACUGAAGUAAAUACAACAAGAAAACAUGAUUGCAGAGCCACCGGAGUUCCACUGAAGGGAAAUUCAAUAAACAUUCAAUAAAUCGACUGAUGAUCCAAACAGCUGGGUAGAAGCUUAAAAAAGGCCUACGCUUGAAUUCGACUGAACAUUAGUUACCAUGACGCACGCGGAAAAGUUAUUGAACCAAAGACAAUUUAAUGAGCUGUUAUAUUGGAAUUUAUCAAAAAAUUCAACCAUUCUUCAGUGGCGAAUGCGGACUACGCUGAAAUUGGUGAAAGGACUAUUCCGUUCUUACAAGAAAUCACAGGAGCCAUUCACCUCAUGAUACGUCUCUUUCUCAAAUUCAGAGCAUCUUUUCAGUUUCAGGUAUCUUUAACAGACUUAGCAUACAUAUUAGAAUACAAAAAAGUAAGAUUAAUUAAUUUCAAAACAAACUUUAAUGCAAUGAGCUUUGAAGCGAGAAGAAUUUUUCUCUAUCUAUUCAUUGCUUGUAAAUUUCUCAUAGUUAUUAAUUAUACUACUCCGUUAUACUACUUCGACAGAUAUCAAGGUGCUUCCACAUAAACUUGAGUGAGAAUUAGAUUUUAAAAGUGGUUAUUGAAUAAGCGGUUAUACGUUAUGUAUACAGUAACACACACAUAAAGAUAACAUACUCUGGGUGAACCAAUAUUUCCGGGUCUAACACUUUAUAAAGCCGUUUUAACUGUGCUACAUUAUCUUUAUUUGACUGGCGAUGCCUACUGCGGGUGUCAUGAGGUGAAGUCCAUAAAAUUUGCAAAGUGGUUACAAAAGAAUUAUGUUGCGUUGUUUUAUUUUAAUUUUUUUUUUUUUUCAUAUUAACGAAAAGGAAUACAUUUAUGUUUAAAACGACGGUAUUAGUGUGAAAAGUGGUGAAAAGCUUUGUUUAAGUAUUGAGAAAUUCGUAAAUUGCAGUGGUGAUAUUGACAAGAGACUAGUUCAAGUAACACAUAUCGACCCUCAUUUUCAUAUACUCUGAUUUAAUACAGAAGAACCCUAAUAUCAUACCGGAAAAGGUUCCCUUCAACGCUCUCUUUCAACAAUCCGAGCAGAUUAAACUGGGUAAGCUACAUAGUGCAUUGAUUUUUAUGUAUAUUUGGAACAAAUUUCUUAAUCCUUUUUUUUCUUAAUCAAUUAAGUUUUGCAUUUUAAUUUGGUUAGGCAAGUCUGUGAAUAAAAUUAAGAAAACUUCCCCAGUCAUUUCACAAGCUACAUUUGUACUGGCCGUAUUUUGCGAUGUGAAAUUUAUGAUAACUAAGAAAGAUUUAAUUUGUGGAGUGUAAGUGUUAAAUAUAACUUCACGUGGAAUAUGAGUAUGCUGAUUUUGAACCCCAAUACACAAAAUAUCAAAACACAAUAUCAAAACGAAAAGUAUCAUCUAUUUUGAUCUUCUUCAUUUUAUCCGUGCUCUUCUUUUCUAUUUCCUUGUAAUCAAAGUAUUCCUUCGCUGUUUUAAGGGUCACUUUUCAUACUUUGCAGAGUUUCUUUGAUGGCCAAUUCGUCAGGGUCUUAGUUUUCCGGGUCUUAUAGUGUUCCGGGUCCGUUCCGGGUCGUAGGUCUUAGUUUUCCGGACACUUCCGCGUAGAAGCUUUCACGUUUACCACCCUACGUUCUUAAAAUGACAGUCACUCGCCAUUAUAGAUACAUUUUUUUGGCGAGACAUUUAUAAACAAACAUGAAAUGUCAAAGAAAGGAAACACUACCAAUAGAUAGCAAACCAAAAGAAACCAAACCAGAGCAAAUAAUACACUGAAGUAAAUACAACAAGAAACAUGAUUGCAGAGCCACCGGAGUUUCACUGACCGGAAAUUCAUAAGCAUUCAAGAAAUCGACUGACAGAAGCUAGACAGAAGCUUCUGGACGCAAAAAGGCCUACGCUUGAAUGUUACCAGGACGCACGCGGAAAAGUUAUUGAACCAAAGGCAAACACUGUUAAAUGAGCUGCUGUAUUGGAAUUUAUCAAAAAUUCAUCCAUUCUUCAGUGGCGAAUGCGGACUAUGCUGAAAUUGGUGAAAGGACUAUUCCGUUCUUACAAGAAAUCACAGGAGCCAUUCACCUCAUGGUACGCUCUCUUUCUCAAGUUCAGAGCAUCUUUUCAGUUUCAGGUCUCUUUAACAGACUUAGCAUACAUAUUAGAAUACAAAAAAAAUAAGAUAAAUUAAUUUCAAAACAAACUUUAAUGCAAUGAACUUUGAAGCGAUUCAUUGCUUGAAAUUUCUCAUAAUUAAGAAUUGUUUUCCGUUAUACUACUUCGACAGAUAUCAAGGUGCAUCCACAUAAACUUGAGUGAGAAUUAGAUUUUAAAAGUGGUUAUUGAAUAAGCGGUUAUACAUUACGUAUACAGUAACACACAGAUAAAGAUAACAUACUCUAGGUAAACCAAUAUUUCCGCGUAUAAGACUUUAUACAGCCGUUUUAACUGUGCUACAUUAUCUUUAUUUGACUGGCGAUGCCUGCGAGUGUCAUGAGGUGGAGUCCAUACAAUUUACAAAGCGGUUACAAAAGAAUUAUGUUGUAAUUCAAAUUCGCGCAGUUUUAUUUUAAUUUUAAUUUCAUAUUAACGAAAAGGAACAUAAUUAUAUUUAAAACGACGGUAUUAAAGUGAAAGGAGGUGAAAAGCUUUGUUUAAGUAUUGAGAAAUUCGUAAAUUGCAGUUGUGAUAUUGACAAGAGACUAGUUCAAGUAACACAUAUCGACCCUCAUUUUCAUAUACUCUGAUUUAAUACAGAAGAACCCUAAUAUCAUACCGGAAAAAGGUUCCCUUCAACGCUCUCUUUCAACAAUCCGAGCAGAUUAAACUGGGUAAGCUACUCAGUGCAUUGAUUUUUAUGUAUAUUUGGAACAAAUUUCUUAAUCCUUUCUUUUCUUAAUCAAUUAAGUUUUGCAUUUUAAUUUGGUUAGGCAAGUCUGUCAAUAAAAUUAAGAUAAUGUCGGCAGUCAUUGCACAUGCUACAUUUGUACUUUACGUAUUUUGCGAUGUGAAAUUUGUGAUGCCGGACUAAGAAAGAUUCAAUUUGUGUAAUAUUAAAUGGAGUGUAAGUGUUGAAUACAACUUCACGUAGAAUGUGAGUAUGGUAAUUUUGAACCCCAAGACACAAAAUAUCAAAACAGACGUCGCGUAAAAUGUCUGGUCACAUCCGGGGAUUUAACAGGCUAGAGCCGCUUUCAAGCCACGAUUUGGUCUUUAAAAUAUGAAGGAAUAAUAAGACUUAAGCGACUUUGAGAGUUUUUUGUCUCUGAUUGUGAGUUGCUCGUAACCAAUUCUCAAUGGGUGCCACCGGAAUAUAAAUAUCAAGAAACAUCAAAUUCAAGAUCUUACCUUUGAUUAUUACCAGCUUAUCGGAUUUCACUGUUUUUUUGCGCUGUAAGCCAACCAAAAAUUCGCAUUUUUGUAUGGAUUUUCGGGUGCGUAGAUUUUCACGGAAAGAUUAAAACCAAAGUUUGCAGAAAUUGCGAAGGGUACCACCUGAAAUCGUGCCAUCUCCUGUCUAUCUUUAAAACCACCAAAGUCUUUUUAAACUAAGGAAGACGAUAAAAGCUGUUAUUUUUGUUACCCUUUGAAUUUGACCUGAACUCCUGAGGGGUAGACGGCGCGAAAACUUCCAGAAAACGUCCUGGGAAACCAAAAAAAAUUCUCCGCGACUCCGGCCGCCAUCUUUGUUAUUUUUCAAACUUGUUUCCAGUACUCUUUGACCGUUUUGUUGUUUUUACUUCAUGUAUGCUUCAUUUAGAAGUGUCACGGCAAAAAAAGACAAAACACUUACCCCCACCCGGAAGGAAAGAUUUUUGUCGCUAUCAAUGGACUGGGAAUUCUACGCGAUGAACGUUUAAGCAGCAAUUUAUCUGGUUUGGUAUUGACCCUCUCUCUUCCGCAGAGGCCUCUUUUUAUCAUAGGGAGGGCUGGAGAAAGGGGAAAAGAAAGCGCGCGGGGGACGAUGGGAAGAGGAAACAGAAGAAGCGAGGCUGUGUAGAGACUAAACAACUCGUGGCGUGUGAAGCAAAAAAGAAAAAAAAUACCAAAGAAACGAAGAAAAGAAAAUCAAUCAUUAAUCAUUAAAGUAAUUGUAAACUUUACAAUUUGGGUAAAGUAGUAACGUUUCUCCUUUCUGUUAUCGAACAGCUGAAGACCCAAAAGACCAAAACUCAAUAUGCCACUAGAAUCCCAAAUUUGCUUUAUAUUGCCGACAUAAUCUUUUACUCCACAAAAAUACCCAGCAUAUUCGGGAAUCAAACCGAAGGCCAGUUUUUAAUUGUUAAGUCUGACUUAACAAAGUAACUCAACCUCUAGAUUUGUUUCAGGGUGUUUCAUGGGACUUAUUUAAGGCUACGCUAUACACCGUUUAUUUGCACUGGGCUAAGCAAACAGCGUCUGGAUUCUUAUACAUUGUGAAACUAUAGAGUCGUUGAGAGUACGGUUUUGUUAGCAACGGAAAAUAUCCGUUUUAGUCACCAGCGACGCGUUGGAGGUGCGCAAAAGAUCCUUUACCAAGAUAAACUUUAAAAGACUGUAAAAAAAUAAUCGGCGUUGAAAUAUCAUAAACGUAUUUCUAAUCCGAUGAACAAACAGACGCCCGACUAUCAUGAGCAUUGUAAAAUAUGGUCGUUAAACAACAGUCAAAACAGUUCGCUUAUUCAAUUGUCAUGAAAAGCAUGAAAAGGAACCGUAAGAGUGCUUUGCCUCCGAUUGAUCAUGUUCCGGAAUGGGACUACGCAAAAGUUCUGUUAUAAAUCUCGUCUACUUUGAUUUUUGGAUCAUUUUAACUCUACUUUCUUCGGAUAUUUCACUUCACAUAGAUUUCAAGAUAUCGCAAAACAAUCAAUACCAAAACAAGUGAUUUCUCGAGUUUACUAUUUCAUUUAAUUAAUCUUGCUCCGGAAUACAGUCAAUCGAGCACGACAAGCACAUUUUUCUUACUUAUAACGCCUCACACUCAAGGGAAUACUUUUUGUCUUUACUUCAACGUUCUUUUUAGUUAAUAUAACUUGACUGACGUGAUUCGGCGAGUGUUUCGAUCAUACCUCACGAAAACGUAAAAGUGAGGUUUAAAGUCACGGAAAUCAGGGAAGGAAGUGCAGAGACGUAUAGAAUCGUAAGGUGCUAUUCUUUACUAAUGGUGCUAUAAGGAAAUACACUUUCAAGGUUGCCUGCGUCGCAGACCCGCUGAACCCGCAGACCCGCUGAACUUUCUGUUUAGAGCGUCUGCGAAUUAGUGCACAAUAUCGUGUUCGAACCCCGCAGAGUCGCAAGGACAUAUAUCGGCGUGUUUGACUAUAAAAAUGGUUUAAACGAGUGCGUCUGGUACGUGGGAAGGCUGCAACGCAGGCUAUUUCACGGCCGUAGUUUACUUAACUUCCAGUCACGCAUGGGGUGCCACAGGGUAGCAUUCUAGGGCCUCUGUUGUUUCUGAUUUACAUAAAUAACUUGCCAAAUGUGCUUAACUCCUGCAACGCGUCACUUUAUGCAGACGACACUGUAAUUUAUUUCUAUGGUACAUCCUCAAAGGAGUUGAGUGAUAAGUUAAAUAACGAUCUACUGGGUGUGGCGAAAUGGCUUCAUGAUCACAAACUGACUUUAAAUUUGGACAAAACUAAAUGCAUGCUCAUCGGUAGUAAUAGGAAACGCGAAAGCAAAGUAGAUUUGACUGUUUCAAUUUUAGAUCAUAGUAUAAGUAAUGUUCGCAGCUUUAAAUACCUCGGUAUACAUAUAUCUUCGGAUUUCACAUGGACUGAUCAUAUUGAACACCUAACUGGGAAAAUCAAUCAGAGGCUUGGGCUUCUCAAGCGUAUAAAGCAUUUAUUGCCUUUCAGGGCUCGUCUACUUUUCUAUAAAAGUCUUGUUAAGCCCCUUUUUGAAUAUGCUGAUCUAGUAUGGGGCGAUAAACACAAUAUUACCCUUAUGUCUAGUUUGCAAGUUUUGCAAAAUAAGGCCGCUAAAGUUAUUUUAAAUAGACCAUUGUACUCAUCCUCCACUGAGGCAUUAGCCGUUCUCAAGUGGCUGCCUCUAGAGAAAAGGCGAUUUCAAAGAAGGUGUGUACACGUAUACAAAUGCAUCAAUGGCCUAAUUAAUCACGAUAUGGACUUCAUCAGACAAGACGUACUUCAUAGGCAUAAUACACGUAACAAAGGCAAUUUUAGAUUACCACGUGUCAAAAGAAAUUGGGGGAAGCAAAGAACACAAUAUCAUGCCGUUUCCGAUUUUAACUCCCUCAGUCAGACGAUCAAAGACUCAAGGAAUGUAAAUAGUUUUAAACGUAAUGUUUUUAAGUUUUUGAUAUAGCUACUUACGUUUAAUUUUUACUUAUACUUAUUUGUAAUUUUUUAUGCAUUUUUUGUAUCUUUUUAAUCCCUUUGCAAUUUUAUAGCUUUGUUUUGUUUUUAUAAUAUAUAUCUAGUUUUAAGGUCCUUUUUGAAAACCAUAUCUUUUAUGAAAAAGUUUCCUCAAUAAAGAUGAUUAUUAUUAAUGACUAUUUAUUUUCUGUUAUCUUUAUACAUGGCUGAUUCAGACGUAUCAGUGGUAAGAUUAGUAACCUGACUUCAUUCAAUAAAGCAACUUAUUCUAUAAAUAAAAUGACAGAAAAACAAAACGGUGACUGAACCAUAAUCUAGAUACGUGUAAUAAUAAAGAGCAAUUUAGGAAACAAAGCUAACAGUGAGAAUCCUCCUUAAUAUGUCUCCCAAGCAGGAGCAAUAAGGGAAACUACCUCUAUACGCGAAAUUAACUUUGAACAUGCAACACCGAAAAUUAUUAUUAGUCUAAUUUAAUUUCAAACUUAUUUUUUUUGCGUCUGGGGUAGGUUUUUUAAUAGUUUUUGUUUUCGCUCGUCAGAUUUAAUCUUUCCCUGCUGGCAGAGGCCUCUUUCCCCUGGUCAGUAUUCGGCGGGGGAGGGAGGAAAAGAGAGAAAGAUUCUUCCCGCCCUCCGAAUACCAGGGAAAAGAGGCCUCUACCAGCAAGGAAAUGUAAUCUUAAAUUUAUGUGAACUAUGACAUUUGUGUUAGUUGGAAGAGUUCAGGCAGAGUAUCUCCUAGCUAAAGGGCUGUUUUUACCCAAGGCUUUGUUGAAAAACCUGAGCAAUCAGGAACCUACGGCGAACACAGUUAGUGCAACAAGAAGAAACUAACUGUGUAUUUCUCCGGUUCAUUUUUCAAACAAACCUUUACAAAACGAAAUAUAACAUUCAAGGAAAAAGUCGAACCCGUCCCUUUACUAAAGAGUCACCCGUACUUUUUAUCACCAGACGUAAAUGAAUUUCUAUAAUUAGGAAAAGCGUUAGGAAGGUGUAGUGUGUGCGCGAGUUUCUAAUGCUAUCUCAUUCGCUUUUUUAAGGAAUCAGACUCUUCUGGAGACAAGAGGUAAGCAACUGACACGCUACAAACCGGGUUAAACAUGAGGAAGUGCGGGUUUGCUCCAGUAACUUUUGUACAAAUAAACGACACUAAAGAAGAGCACGCUACUGCUUCUGCGUAUAUAUGCUUGUUUGUAACCUGGCAGCGCUUAGAUCUUACCAGCUAAACUCUAGGCAAUACAAUACUGAUCACAGAUGGGGUAGCUUUCCCAGUUCUUAAUAAAGGUACUUAAUAACAUUGGACGGCUGUACCUUUUAAUGCGCAAAAACUUCAAGGAAUUUCCAAGGAAGCAAAACGAUACAACCUAAGUGCUGUGACGUGUUGAGUAUUUUAAUGGAGACAAGAACUCACUUUGUUGCUACUGACCAGAAUUUUCCUUUUCAUUUAGCGACGAAGAAAUGGACACAAGCAGCGAUUCCGGCAGUUCAGCCACAACUGAUCAGUCUGUGGUGCCCUUCGCGCUUGGGCAGGUAAAAAUACUGAUUCCCAAACCUUCUCACGCCAAACAUCUACUAAAAUCUAAUAUUCAAAACAAUGAUCUUAAAAUUAUAUUCCACUGACACAAGAGGUAAAAAUCACUCCUUUUUCAAAAACACAAACGAAUUUUAAUUCUGUGCUCUAAUAAAACGCAUGGAAACGAAAUAAGACCAACAGACUGACCGACUCACUAAAACUGACCGAUUCUCUAAUGAAGUGACUUACGAGCACUUGACAACACAGCCGGGCGAGCUGAGUGACUAACAGAUUAACGUUAACCACUGAAAAGAAUGUUAAAAUCCUUUUUGUUACGUCCCACAGCAACUCUCCUCUCCUUCUUUCCAAUUUCGGUCGAUGAGAAAAGCUUACUUUUCCUUUUGAACCUCACUCACAACAAAUAAUUCCAGCAUAUGUCCCAGUUUAAUCAAAAUGCUUAUUUUCUCUAACUUACUAGGGGCCCAACACAAACCAAGCUAUACGCCCGCAAAAUGAUCACCAGGCAAAUCAAGCAAGGUAAGACAGAAAAACAGUCAUGUCUAUAAAGAACUUAAGUAAACAAAGUUCCACCUCCACCAUCUCGUACCUAAUAACCUGUACCCACCCUAAUCAACUUACUAGUAGUAAUCACAGGUUAUCACAGAAAUGAAAAGGGACGCGCAUUCGGCCGAAAUUCCGAGAAGGUAGGUCAGGGUGAAAUAACCUGUUUUCCGGAGCGAGAGAGUAUUGAACAGUUUCCUAGCCGAAAAUGACACAUUGACAAAGAUAUCAUAAAAAGCAUACUGAGUUAGAAUGUUGUCACUGCAAGAGGCCACAUUGCAGUGACAAACUUACGCCCGUUACACUAUGCACAACAACGUCUCAUUAAAAGUCAUAGUUUCACUUGCACUUUAGGGCACAGCUCUGCUAACCCUGACCCAUAGCCUACAAUUCGGCGUAUUUUUAGGGCGAGCAAAGGCUGCUUGUUACUGAUGAGUCUUUGGACUACUGAGGCCGGCCGCCAUCUUUUCUUUAUCGAUGACGCGAAUAGAAGUUAAGCCACUGUUUUACAUAUCUUUCAGGUAUGGUCCACCAAAUAUGGUAGCGGCGUCGAGUCAUCUUCAGCCACAGGUGUAUAUGAAAUCUUCUAUUUUAUUCAGUAAACAAGUAACAAAAGCAACGUCGGUAAAACGGCAUAAAGCGACAUUUUUGCCCCGAGGUGGCAAUUUUUUGGGCCAAAGAAACAUACGCAUCUUCUCGAAAUGCUGGCUGCGUAGCCCUUGCAUAUUAGGACGGACUUAAUACAUUUCGUUAAUUCCUAUUUUCAUAAUUUACUUAAGUUAUGGGUUUUAACCAGGUUCUUUGUUUUCCCUCAGGCUGGUGAUGACAUGCCGGAUCCUGUGGCAGUUUUUUUGUUCCUUUUCUUUAUCUGUCUUACUUGGAGAAAAGUUAACUGAAAAAGUAGCUAUUUAGUGUAGUUUCCCAUUGUUAAGGUUAUGGAGUUUAAGUAACUAAUUCAUGUCUGUCGAAGUAAUUGUUACUGUUUUUGUUUGAUGUAAAUUUGCUGAUCUAAAACGUGUCUAACUUUUUCAAAGCGUAAAAAAAGAGUAAUGUCUAUUUUAGGAAUCUCUGCGCAAAAUUGUUAACCAUAGAAAAUUGAGUGGC